AUGAACAAGACAGCCAAGGACUUGACUGCUGGGACCGUUGGUGGGAUUGGUCAGGUAUUGGUGGGCCAGCCGUUUGAUAUUGUUAAAGUGCGAAUGCAAACUGCUCCUCCUGGAACGUACAAAGGGAUGGUAGAUUGUGCAACUGGUAUCCUUAAAAACGAAGGGCCUCUCUCGUUUUACAAAGGCACUUUAACGCCGCUCCUCGGAAUCGGACUAUGCGUUUCGAUCCAAUUCGCGGCUCUCGAGGGUGUCAAGAGGGCGUUUGCGGAUAUGAAUAGGAAGAACGGGAUAGGUGGGCCGGAUGGAAUGUUGCUGAGCGGUGGACAGCUGCUUUUUGCGGGUGCAACGGCUGGAUUGGCCAACAGCGUUGUUUCAGGGCCCGUCGAACACAUUCGUAUCAGGCUUCAAACACAACCGCAUCAUGCCAAAUUGUACAACGGUCCCUGGGACGCAGCCAAGAAGAUCUAUCGAUCAAACGGCAUCGCAGGGAUCUUCAAAGGCCAGAACCCAACGCUAUUGCGCGAAGCAACGGGAUAUGGCGCGUAUUUUUGGGCAUACGAAAAACUCGUUCAGCGGGAGAUGCGCGUGCACAACUGCCGACGCGAAGAUAUUGCACCGACCAAGGCGAUCUUGUUUGGGGCUGCAGCGGGUUAUGCGCUCUGGGCCGUUAUCUUCCCAAUCGACAUGAUCAAGUCACGAAUUCAGACCGACGGGUUCAGUUUUGCGACGGGUCAAAAGUACAAGUCUGGGACCGAUGCGGUCAGGCAGAUAUGGAAAGCCGAGGAUAAAUGCAGAUCUGCAAGCUACGAAGGACUCGAUGGCGAGCUCGCACCGGGACAAUACUACCACGAACCGUCAGGAGACGCACACUCGCUCGACGACCUCAAGGACGGUCCGAACCCAAAUUCGAAGCCAUUCUAUCCCUACUCUACACUUAUUCGCUAUGCUAUCAAAGGUUCUCCGAACCAACGACUUCUUCUCGAAGAUAUUUAUUUCGCACUUGCCAGUCGAUUCCCAUACUUUAGGAACGCGCCGCCAGGAUGGAAGGCAUGCAAAUCAUCAUGCGAGUUUACAGCGUACUUAUUGGUCUACAGAACUCGAUACGACACAACUUGCCACUACUGGACUGUCAACGACAGCAUCGACCCACGCACGGGUGUCCACCGGGUGCGGAAAAAGAAGUCCAAGGGUACCAAGAGCACUGCUGCCACCGCUGCCGCUCCUUACCCCGCUCCAACCUACGACGCCACCGCUCCUCCGCCCGAUGUUCCAACUGCUGGUCCAAGCACUCAAGCUACAUAUCCUUACGCGCUCGGAUACCCGGAAAUUGCCCAAUAUGACCAGAGUGGUUACCCGAUCAUGCCUCCGAUCUCUGGCGGUCCUCAACAACAGAUGCAGAUGCACGACAUGCAACAUGCUGCGGAGCAACAGCAUCAACAACAGCAGCAACAACCUAUGCCUGAGCUCCCGGCCGUCAAUGACCAAGGAAUGCCAAUCUGGAAGAACAUCUGGCAUAACGAACUCAGCAAGCUGUGGCUUAUUACGAUGCAUCAAGAUCGGGCAUAUGCAACAGCUCAGGCUCAAAUACAAGCUCAGGCGAACGGGGAAGCUGCAGAGGGAGCCGAACAUGUGGAUGAGAGCGUGCUCCAGGCCCACGAGAGCUGGUACCAGCUCAUGGCUGAGAAUCUAAAGCGUGCAUUUGCGGAACCACCCAACGCACAAGACGUGCAAGACAACCAAGACGACGGGGAUGAUGAGGACGGCCAGAAUCAGACCAAUGGAAUGGAAGACCACGGGCAAUACGUUUAA